AGGAACAAAGGAACAAAGGAACGAAAGCAUACAUAUUAUAUACGUGCAUAUACCUGUUCACUCACUUCAUACGCCACUAUCGCGUUGAAACAAAUUUCCCAACCGCAAAAGCGCGUCCCCCAAUCAGCGCAGCGGUCAACCGGAGCAGCCACAAAUUACAGGGACCCAGCAACAUGUUUAUAACCACCCUGUGAACGCGUUGCAGAUAUUUUCCCCCAAUCGGCGUUCCAUAUCCGGUCACAUGUCCCCCCCGGAAUAGCAGCUGCGACUGGGAUAGCAUGCCAGUGCCUGCAAAGUAAAGCGGACUCCACGACGAUUGCGUAGCCACCACCAUUUCACUACCAACCAUUCGUUUUCUCCCCUACCCCACCUCUUCAUUUGUAAAAAAAAAUGCCAAAGUCUAAGAGAAACAUCACCAUUUCGUUAACCAAGGUAAAAAAAAAGCUGAACAAGAAGGAACUCAAGGACCAGAAACUAUCCGAUUUGAAAAAAAUUAUUCAAGUCCCCAAUAUUUAUAUUUACAUUUUGGACGUUAGAACCUACUCGAAUAAUAACUUGAAGCAGGCCAUCGAGUAUUUUAAGCCCAACGGGAGAUUCUUCAUUGGGAAGAAUAAACUCAUGAAAUUGGCCUUAGGAACAAGCGAAAAGGACGAAGCCAAACCGAACGUCUGCAAAGUAGCGGAGCUCCUUGUGGGGAACAGAAUCCUCCUAAUUACGAAAGACCCCCCCCUGAAGGUAAUAAAAUUUUUUAAUGAAUUUCAACCCGAAGAGUACAUAAAGCCGGGAAAUAUUUGCACACAAAAUGUCACCUUAAAAUUUGGAGACGUAUUAAACGUGCCAGUUUCAAUGCAGAAGGAUUUGCAAAAAAGGAAAGUAACUUUCGACAUCGUCGAUCAGAAGAUCGUCAUACGAAAGGAUAAAGUCCUGGCAGAAAAGGAUAAACUGGUCAGCGCGGAAAAUGCAAAACUGUUAAGAAUGCUCAAUAUGAAAAUUGCCAACUUUGACAUCACCGUGCUGGGUUAUUGGAACGUAAAUAAAUUCGUUUCGUUGAUGUAGGAAUUGGGAACUUUUUUUUUUUUUUCCUUUUUUGGAGAAGUGGGAGAGAGAAGAAGCGGUCUUCCUCUCCUCCCCCGCCGAGCGCACAUAAUGUGCGAGCGUUUUUUUGUUUU